UCGGUGACUCGCCCAGGGUCACCCAGCUGGGAAGCGUCCGAGGCUGGAUUCGAACUUUAUUCCCCAGAGAAGAGCCUACUCUGGGGGAGGGCGUCGUUAGAUGCUGUAGAAAGGCCGUCCACAAGUCCAGGGGGUACCUACUACGUGCAAUCACCAGCAAUCACCGAUGACAACAAACACGAGUUUUCGGGUGCUCUGUGAAGCCAGGGUAACGGCACCGGAGGAAGGGACGGUCAGGGAGGACGCACAGUCCCGACCCCGAGGGCCUCCCUGGAGGAGGAGGCACGGCUGGGCCAUUCAACAACAAUUCCGGCCCUUUUCCUCCUCUAUAAAGUGGGGACCUGGGCUGGCCAGGUGAUCUAGGUCACGUGCCCCAGAACUGCGCGUGCAACACCCCACUCGAAUGUUACGACAAUCCCGCCACAGCCCCGGGCCUCGCGCGUGCGCAGAGCGGCAGCCGCGUGCGCAGAGCGACAGCCGCGUGCGCAGAGCGACAGCCGCGCGCGCAGAGCGACAGCCGCGCGCCCAGCACUCCCCUCCCCCCAUCUCCCAGCGCCGCGCACUGAUGCCGUCAGUCUUCGGCGCGACCGAAGACGCCUAGGAGUCACGUGAAGCGGCACGCGCUUCGCCUCGCUUCUAUUCCCCUCCCUCUCUCCAGGCUCUAGGGCCGCAGCGCUCCCCGGAACGGAGGUGCCAUGAAGGAGACGCCGUUAUCUAACUGCGAGAGGCGCUUUCUGCUCCGAGCCAUCGAGGAAAAGAAGCGCCUUGAUGGUAGACAGACCUACGACUACAGAAACAUCAAAAUUUCAUUUGGAACAGACUAUGGCUGCUGUAUUGUGGAACUUGGGAAAACAAGAGUUCUUGGGCAAGUUUCCUGUGAACUUGUUUCUCCAAAGCUCAAUCGGGCAACAGAAGGUAUUCUUUUCUUUAACCUUGAACUCUCUCAGAUGGCUGCCCCAGGUUUUGAGCCCGGCAGGCAGUCAGAUCUCUUGGUGAAGUUGAAUCGACUUUUGGAAAGAUGUCUAAGAAAUUCGAAAUGUAUAGACACUGAAUCUCUCUGUGUUGUUGCUGGCGAAAAGGUCUGGCAGAUCCGUGUGGAUCUCCACCUGUUAAAUCACGAUGGAAACAUUGUUGAUGCUGCCAGCAUUGCAGCGAUUGUGGCAUUGUGUCACUUCAGGAGACCUGAUGUGUCAGUCCAAGGUGAUGAGAUCACCCUGUACGCGCUGGAGGAACGAGACCCUGUACCUUUGAGCAUCCACCACAUGCCCAUCUGUGUCAGUUUUGCCUUCUUCCAGCAAGGAACUUACUUAUUGGUGGAUCCCAAUGAGCGAGAGGAGCGUGUCAUGGAUGGCCUGCUCGUGAUCGCCAUGAACAAGCACCGUGAGAUCUGUACCGUCCAGUCCAGCGGCGGGAUCAUGCUGCUCCAAGAUCAGGUUCUGAGAUGCAGCAAAAUCGCUGGUGUGAAGGUGGCGGAGAUCACAGAACUCAUACAGAAAGCCUUGGAGAAUGACAGGAGAGUGAGGAAAGAAGGUGGAAAGUUCGGCUUUGCAGAAUCAAUAGCAAACCAAAGGAUCACAGCUUUCAAAAUGGAAAAGGCCCCUGUGGAUACGUCAGAUGUGGAAGAGAAAGCAGAAGAAAUCAUAGCGGAAGCGGACCCUCCUUCAGAAGCUGUUUCUAAACCUGUGUUAUGGACUCCUGGGACCGCCCAGAUAGGAGAAGGGAUAGAGAGUUCCUGGGGUGAUUUGGAAGAGGAAGACGAAGAAGAUGAAGGUGGCAGUGAUGAAGUCACCAUUCUUGACAGUGUCAAGAUGGAAACUGAAGACCAAAAUGUUGGAAACCACAUUGGUGAUGAUACUCCUAUAGUUCUGUCAGAUAGCGAAGAAGAUGAAAUCAUUAUUUUAGAACCAGGAGAAAACCCAAAGAAAACAAGAACACAGGCCAACUGCCAACAGGGAAAAGUCCCAAGUAAAAAAGCCAUUAGAAAGAAAAAGCAGCAGCCGGCUGACUAAAACUUCCAAAACACUACUGGAGAGUGCGUUCAGGACUGUUGCGGAUUUUUACAUGUAUGUUUUCUUGAUUUAAAAUAAAGUAUCUAGAAAAUG